AUGACUUCCGCCGAGCCUCAUCUCUGCUUCCGAUCUUUUGUCGAAGCCCUCAAGGUUGACAAUGAUCUGGUUGAAAUUGACACCCCGGUAGACGCCAACCUCGAGGCAGCUGCCAUUACCAGACUUGUCUGCGAGACCGACGACAAGGCCCCUCUCUUCAACAACGUGAUCGGCUCACAGCAUGGUCUCUUCCGUAUCCUCGGUGCUCCGGCGUCAUUGAGGAAGUCCUCCAAGGACCGCUAUGGUCGACUGGCCCGUCACCUCGCUCUACCACCUACCGCUUCGAUGCGCGAUAUCCUCGACAAGAUGCUUUCGGCCAGCAAGUUGGCUCCUAUCUCGCCUCAAAUCCUACCAACCGGACCCUGCAAGGAGAAUUUCUUGGAGGGAGACGAUAUUGAUCUCACCAAGAUCCCGGCUCCCCUGAUCCACCAGGCCGAUGGUGGCAAGUACAUCCAGACUUACGGAAUGCACGUUGUUCAGUCCCCCGAUGGAUCAUGGACCAACUGGUCUAUUGCUCGAGCCAUGGUCUCCGAUAAGCGACAUUUGACAGGCCUGGUCAUCGAGCCACAACAUAUCUGGCAGAUCCACAGCAUGUGGAAGAAGGAGCAGCGUGAUGUGCCCUGGGCUUUGGCCUUCGGUGUGCCUCCCGCUGCUAUUAUGGCUUCCAGCAUGCCUAUUCCUGACGGUAUCAGUGAGGCUGAGUACGUGGGAGCAAUGACUGGGUCGGCCCUCGAGCUUGUCAAGUGUGACACCAAUGGUCUCUAUGUCCCUGCUACCUCGGAAAUUGUCUUUGAGGGAACUUUGUCUAUCACUGACAAGGGUCCUGAGGGUCCUUUCGGCGAGAUGCACGGCUAUGUCUUCCCUGGUGACACUCAUAUCUGGCCCAAGUACACUGUCAACCGCAUCACCUACCGUAACAACCCCAUCAUGCCCAUGUCAGCCUGUGGUCGCUUGACCGAUGAGACACACACCAUGAUCGGAUCCCUCGCCGCCGCUCAAAUUCGUCAGGUCUGCCAGGACAACGGUCUUCCCGUGACCGACGCUUUCGCCCCCUUCGAGUCGCAAGUAACAUGGGUUGCUUUGCGCAUUGACAUUGCCCGUCUACGCGAGAUGAAGACCACUUCCGCCGAAUUCUCCAGGACGGUUGGUGAUCUGAUCUUCAACUGUAAGCCCGGCUACACCAUCCACCGUCUGGUUCUUUGCGGAGAUGAUAUCGAUGUGUACAAUGGCAAGGACGUGAUGUGGGCAUUCUCCACUCGCUGUCGCCCUGGCCUGGAUGAGACCUUCUUUGAGGAUGUGCGUGGAUUCCCGUUGGUUCCUUAUAUGAGCCAUGGAAAUGGCUCUCCUACUAUAGGAGGCAAGGUCGUCUCUGAUGCUCUCAUGCCUGCCGAGUAUACCACCGGUCGUGACUGGGUGGCCGCUGACUUUGAGAACUCUUAUCCCGAGGAGCUUAAGAAGAAGGUCUUGGAUAACUGGACUAAGAUGGGAUUCCGAGAGGAGUAA